UCGCGGGCAAGGAGGCAAUACGAGCAUUGCCAUUAUAAGACCAUCGCUGAUCGCUGAGAGAGAAACGCACGCGUGAAACCGAAAACGACUUCGUUGCACACCAAGCUCGGUAUGGCCCCCAGUAUUCUAACGGCGGUGCAUCUGAUCACGGGGCUAGCAUUGUGCAGCUACGGAUUCCCUGUGCUUGACCAACCCAUAUACGAAGCCAUCGGUCUACCGAAAGUCGAUAUAUACUACCAAGGAGGAGUCACGUCGCAUUUCGACAAGCAGCUGGCUCCCUUGCCGUUCGUGAUCGGCGCUAAAAAUAACUUCAAGAAGUCCGCCGAUGACUUCCGAACAAUGAUCAGCAAUGAGAUCCCGACGGGAUCGGAAGACAGCCGCAGCGCCGCCAAGUACGGCGUCAGCUUCGUGAAAUCGCGUGAAGGAUGGACAGCGCCCGAAAUGGACUCCAAAGCAGAUUUUAGACAAACCCCACGGGCUUUCGAAAACUGGAUGUUCAGCGACGAAGAUUUCCAAGAGAGUUGAAAAUCUCGUGCAGGGCGGAGGCAAUUGUGUACAUAUUGAAUUGUCGUCUCAAGACAGGUUUUCAGACUCCGUCUAGAGGGUGCGAAAACUUCACGAUUAUUUAUUCGAUACUCACGAGGAAUAAAAACGAGCUUCCACGACGAGGAAACGAGCGUCUUUGGGAGCUUAUAA